UAACACAAGCUCCAAGUCUUUCAGUUAACAAAAGUCAGUCUUUUCGAAAUGUAUAAAUAUUCGGUUUCUAAUGAAUCAUCUCUUCAUUUUACUUCGAUGUCAUCAUCGUGAAUUUCAAUAAAAAAUAAAACUUCAUUUUUACAAAGUAUAGAAUCAAUCUGUUUAGGUUAUCAUUGACAAAAAUGACAAUUUUGAUUAUCAAAUUUUACGAUCAUCAUCGGUCAAAUCAACGAUUAUUGCAUCAUCAUAUCAUAUUCGUAAUCUAUUUUGCAUGGCUGAGUUAUACUACCAUAACAAACACUUCAUCAUCGAAUGCAUUUAUUCUUUCAUCAUCAACUACAUCUAAAUCGAAUAUUGUUCGAAGAAAUGUUCCAAUUGAAACAAAAACGAUAGCUGUGGAGAAAUGUUAUUUUCAUGCCAAUGGUAGAACGGAUGGCAAAUCAAUAUUUUAUGGACAAUGUAUGAGCAUGAACGGACCUGAUGGUUGUUGUCUUGAAGGCCAUUAUAAACCCGGUGUCUGUUCAAAUUUGGGACAUAUUUGCUGUACAAAUCCUGAUCCAGAAUGUAAUGCUAUGUUCACGAAUAAAGGUAUAACCAAAUCUGCCUUGAGACAAUAUGGUCAUCUAUUUCGGAUGAUUAAUCAAGAUCAAACUAAGAAUAAUAAUGGUCAAAAUUUGAAUGAAAACAAUCACAAUGGUCAACAACGAGCAAUUCGUUCAAAUCCUAAACAAUUCAAAUACAUUUACAAUACAAAUUUUGAAAUUGUCGAAAUGCCUGCACAUAUGCAACUGGAUGCUGUUACUUUCGUCGUUGAUGCAUUAGAUCGCUUCAAUGGUGAUUUCGAUGAUGCAGCAGAUUAUCUUUGUCAAAUGUUGGAUCAAAAAUAUGAAGAAUCAAGUCCAUGGUCAUGUACAAUUGGCCGUGAUUUUGGUUAUUCAGUGGAUCCAUUACCCGGAAAAUAUAUGCUAUUCUACAUUGGCAAUGAUGUUCGCGUUAUGGCAUUCGUUUCGAAGAACCAAAACUAAUCAGUCGGCAUUUUGAUAACCAAUAGUUGAUGAUCGACCAUCACUUUCGAUAUUGUUGACACCUUUUUUCGAAAAUUUACUGACAAUCAUUAUAACACUAAUAAUUGUUGUUGUUAUUGUCCAGUGGCGCCAAUUGUCUGAACAUGGUCUUACAGUCUAUUGAUCAAAUUAUGGUCACCAUCAAGAGAGAACAAAGGACCGCUGUGACAGACGUGUUUUCUAGUCGAAACAAAACGAAAAAAUAUGUCCCUUUUUUCUGCUGUUUCCCAUCGUAGAUAUUUUAGUCUGUCUGCCAUAGCGAUUUAUCACAUAUUCUCUUUUAUCUCAUCGUCGUGUCGUUUUUUUAUAUAUAUAUUGCCUGCACCAAUAUAGCCAUCACCAUUGCAAUCGAUUUGAGAAUCGUACAAGCCGAAUGGAAACACAAACACACACACACACAGUAAAAGAUAAAGCGAUCGAAUAAAAAUGUAAAAAAUUGUUUU